AUGAAUGGUCACGCCGCCGUAGGGGCCAAGAGAAAAUCCUCAGGGUCCCCAGGUCGCGCGCCGCCUGCCAAGAGAGUCCCUAAUGGCACCUACUCUGAGGAUCAUGACACUUCAGAGGAUGAUGCCAUGUAUUUUGACGAGGAGUCGGACCUCAUCGACGAAAACGAGAUGUAUAUCGGCACACCGGUCAGCCUCGGCGAGUGGCAGGACACCAUCCAAAAGGUUGUCCGCAACGUCGUCGCUAUUCGUUUCUGCCAGACCUGCUCCUUUGACACCGAUCCUGCCUUGACAAGCGAAGCUACAGGAUUUGUAGUCGACUCUGAGAGAGGAUACAUCAUGACCAACCGCCAUGUCGUUGGCUCGGGUCCUUUCUGGGGCCACUGCGUUUUCGACAACCACGAAGAAGUCGACUGCUACCCCGUCUACCGCGAUCCCGUCCACGACUUUGGUAUUCUGCGAUACGACCCCAAGGCGAUCAAGUACAUGCAGGUAGAUGGCCUCGACCUGACCCCGGAUCAAGCAAAAGUUGGUGUCGAGAUCCGCGUCGUGGGUAACGAUGCAGGCGAAAAGCUCAGCAUUCUGUCCGGCGUCAUUAGUCGCCUCGACCGCAACGCCCCCGAGUACGGUGAAGGAUACAGCGAUUUCAACACAUGUUACUACCAAGCCAACGCCGCAGCCAGCGGUGGCUCAUCCGGAAGUCCUGUUGUUUGUAGGGACGGCACUGCUGUUGCGCUCCAGGCUGGCGGCCGAUCCGAUGGAGCCUCGACCGAUUACUUCCUGCCCCUCGACCGCCCACUGCGCGCGCUGCAGUGCAUCCAGCAAGGCAAGCCCGUCACAAGAGGAGACAUUCAGUGCCAGUUCUUGCUCAAGCCCUUUGAUGAAUGUCGCCGCCUCGGACUCACACCCCACUGGGAGGCUGCCAUUCGUAAAGAGUUCCCCAACGAGACCAACAUGCUGGUGGCCGAGAUUGUUCUUCCCGAUGGUCCUUCCCACAACAAGGUUGAAGAGGGCGAUGUUCUUAUCAAGGUGAACGGCCAACUCAUUACCCAAUUCCUCCGACUCGACGACAUCCUCGAUUCCAGCGUCGGCAAGCCUAUCAAGCUGCAGCUGCAGAGGGGAGGUCAAGACAUUGAGGUGGAGAUUGAGGUUGGCGACUUGCACAAGAUCACUCCGGACCGCUUCGUCUCGGUCGCAGGUGCUAGCUUCCAUGAUAUUUCAUACCAGCAAGCUAGACUGUACGCUGUUGCUGUCAAGGGAGUCUACGUCUGUGAGUCGGCCGGGUCGUUCCGCUUCGAAAACACCGACAACGGCUGGAUCAUCCAGUCCGUCGACAACAAGAAGGUUCCCGAUCUCGACACCUUCAUUCAGGUUAUGAAGGGUAUCCCUGACAAGGCGCGCGUUGUCGUCAAAUACAAGCAUCUUCGCGAUCUCCACACGCUCAACACGACCGUCAUCUAUGUCGAUCGUCAUUGGUCUGCCAAGAUGAAGCUUGCUGUCCGGAACGACAUCACAGGUCUGUGGGACUUCACCGACCUCGGCGAUCCGCUACCUCCUGUGGCGCCCGUCCGACGUUCAGCGUCCUUCAUUGAGCUGGACCACAUGCCCGACCCCAGCAUCGCGAAGCUCAUUCGUAGCUUUGUCCAUAUCAACUGCACCAUGCCUGUCAAGCUUGACGGCUUCCCCAAGAACCGCAGAUGGGGUAUGGGCCUCGUCAUUGAUGCUGAAAAGGGACUUGUCCUCAUCUCCCGCGCAGUUGUGCCCUAUGACUUGUGCGACAUCACCAUCACAAUUGCCGACUCCAUCACCCUCGAAGGCAAGGUCGUGUUCCUCCACCCGCUGCAGAACUACACCAUUGUGAAAUAUGACCCGUCGCUUGCGGAUGCCCCUGUCGUGAGCGCACGUCUCAGCAGCGAGCCUCUAACUCAGGGUGCUAAGACCUACUUCCUGGGCUACAACAGAAUCGGCCGUGUUGUACACGGCUCCACAACAGUCACUGAGAUUACUGCUGUCGCUAUUCCCGCCAACUCUGCUGCACCGCGUUACCGUGCCGUCAAUGUUGAUGCCAUUACCAUUGACAGCAACCUGGGCUCCUCUUGCAAUAGUGGUGUUCUCGUUGCUCCCGAUGGCACCGUUCAGGCUCUUUGGCUGUCGUACCUUGGCGAGAGAUCCUCAUGCAACCACCGCGAUGAGGAAUACUAUCUCGGUCUGGGAACACCCACUCUGCUGCCUGUGAUAUCUGCUAUCCAGAACGGCGAGACGCCCAAACUGCGUCUCUUGUCCGUUGAAUUCCGCUCCAUUCAGAUGUCUCAAGCCUCCAUUAUGGGUGUCUCUGACGAAUGGGUCAAGAAGGUCACACAAGCCAACCGCUCGCACCACCAGCUAUUCAUGGUCAGCAAACGCACGUUUGAGCGCGGUAGCCACCCGGUAUCUCUCCUUGAGGGUGACAUCAUUCUUACCUUGAAUGGUAAAAUUUGUACGACCAUCACGGACUUUGACAUCAUGUACUCCCACGAGUCGCUCGACGCUGUGAUUGUGCGUGAGAAUGAGGAGAAACACCUGCAGAUAUCUACUGUUUCUGCAGAGGACUUGGAAACUGACCAUGCUGUUUCAUUUUGCGGCGCCGUUCUGCAUCGGCCUCACCAGGCCGUGCGCCAGCAGAUCAGCAAGCUGCACAGCGAGGUUUAUGUUUCCAGUCGUAUUCGUGGAUCCCCUGCCUACCAGUACGGCGUGGCUCCAACCAACUUCAUCACGCACGUCAAUGGUGAACCGACCCCUGACCUGGAUACAUUCAUUGCGGCGACGCGCAAGAUUCCGGACAAUACAUACUUCCGCCUCAAGGCCGUUACCUUCGACUGCGUACCAUGGGUCAUCACAAUGAAGAAGAACGAUCACUACUUCCCUACGAUGGAGUGGAUCAAAGACGACUCGGAACCCUGCGGUUGGCGGCGCGUUUCUUACGAAGGCGCUGCGGUCGUGAAUGGAGAGGCCACAGAUGGAGUGCUUGUGCCAGCAGACGAUGCUGAGAUGGAAUAG